CAGAGGCAGUGCCAGAGGCUAGAAUUUAAGUUGUGAUUUAGCACAGAGAAUACUCGAAAGAUGACGUCCAUGCGUGCCAUUAUUCUGGCGGUCUUUCUGCUCAAAGUCAUUGGCCUGACAUAUUUCCAGCCCGAAUGGUCGCCCGCACCACUUUGGGCCCGCCAUUUGGUGUUCGGGGUCACCACGGUGCGGAUCUCGAAAAUCGACGUCUGUCCGCCCCGCUGCCGUUUGACAGGUGUCAUGAAGUUCCUUGUGGAGACCAUCGUGGUCCUUGCCCUGCUGGAGGUACUGCCCAACGGGGUCUGGUGGCGCUUUGAGCCCCUGAUCCACCGGUACAUCCGUACCGUGUGCUUCGACCUGGGCAUGGAUCUCCAACAAUACUUAGAGGCUGAGUAUUGGCUCCUGGGCUGGGUCACCACCACAGUGGCCUUGAUGAUGUCCUGCAUUGUGAUCGCUACGCUGAAAUGGAUCCAGCACUGAGUCCUGAGUUGGUCCCAAGACUCCAGCAACAAGAGGCACGACCUAUAUAAAAUGGAUUUUAAGACAUGGAUUGGGCACAGAGCACAUAUUCUUCUACAGCGUAUCAUUUCUACCCGAUAGCCUGGUCUGGUGCUUGUUAUUCCAUUACGGAUCGAAUACACUUGAUAAGCUAUUAAAGGAAUACAUAAAAUAUUAAUAAUAAGUGUGGGGGUCAGGGGUCAAGCCACAAGAAACUUGUAGAAAUUGUUGGAGCUCUAAGGGAGACGUCGGGG